CUCUGCGCUCCGAAAGAGACAUGAGAGCAGACUCGCGCCAGUAGUAUAGACAGCGGACAGGCAACUCAUCCCGCAACAUCACUCCUACAGUUACAAGUCACUUCACAACACCUGUCCAAGAGGGUCAAGACCCGACUGGAAACAUCGUUUAUUAGUCAUAAAACAUCUGCAGAUCCGUUUAGGUUAUGAGCAAAGAGGAGUCGUUUUUCCGUUUUUUCGUAGAGAAAUAACAAAGUGGAUCUUUACUCGUUUUUUGAGCGGCGACUGGAGAGAGCAUCGCAGCGGAGAGCCCCGGUGCAGCAACUUUGAUUCCGUGGUUCUCUUGACCCCGCGAGAGGCAGCGCUCCCGAGCAGCCGCGCGCUCCUGCCCGCCCACCUGCCAGAGCGCCACAGACCCGGCGGAGGAUGGCUGCAGCCAAGGCAGAGAUGAUUCUCCCCGCUCUGCAGAUUUCAGAGCCACUCAGCUUCCCUCACUCCCCAAUGGAUAACUACCCGAAGCUGGAGGAGGUGAUGAUGCUCAGCACUGCGGGGACCCCCUUCCUCACCGCCUCCGCACCCGAAGGUGCCGGCUUUGGAUCCGGGGAGGCUGGGGACCAGUACGACCACCUUGCUGGAGACACGCUGCCUGAUAUCUCCUUCAACUGCGAGAAGUCAGUGGCGGAGCAGACCUACGCUUCACAGCGGCUGCCCCCCAUCUCCUACACUGGUCGCUUCACUCUGGAGCCCGCCACCACCUGCAGCAACAGUCUGUGGGCGGAGCCAAUCUUGGGCCUCUUCACUGGUCUGAUGGGCAACAUUCCCGCCAGUUCCAGCUCUUCUUCUGCAACCUCACAGACCACUUCGUCCCCCUCGUCGUCGGUGUCCUCCUCCAGCACGUCCUCUUCUACCUCCUCUUCUUCACAGAGCUCCAGCCUCAGCGCCUCUAUUCACCACAGCGAGCCCAACCCCAUCUACUCAGCCGCGCCGACAUAUUCCAGCCCCAACUCUGACAUCUUCCCAGACCAGGGGCAAACCUUCCCUGGCUCGACUGGAGCGGUCCAGUACUCGCCACCUGCCUAUCCCAACACCAAGCCCUGCGGCACCAGCUUCCCAGUUCCCAUGAUCCCCGACUACCUCUUUCCUCAGCAGCAGGGGGAGAUCAGCCUUGUGCCCCCUGAUCAGAAACCCUUCCAGAGUCAGUCCAGCCAACCGUCCCUCACCCCUCUGUCCACCAUCAAAGCCUUUGCCACCCAGACAGGCUCCCAGGACUUAAAAAGUGUUUACCAGUCGCAGCUGAUCAAGCCCAGCCGCAUGCGCAAGUACCCCACUCGACCAAGCAAGACCCCUCCACACGAGAGGCCUUACGCAUGCCCGGUGGAGACCUGCGACCGCCGCUUCUCCCGCUCCGACGAACUGACGCGCCACAUACGCAUCCACACGGGGCAGAAGCCCUUCCAGUGUCGCAUCUGCAUGCGCAACUUCAGCCGCAGCGACCACCUGACAACGCACAUUCGCACCCACACCGGUGAGAAGCCCUUCGCCUGUGAGAUCUGCGGCCGCAAGUUCGCUCGCAGCGACGAGCGGAAGAGACACACAAAGAUCCACCUUCGGCAAAAGGACAAGAAAGCGGAGAAAGCAACGACAGUUGUAGUAGCGGCGGCGCCAGUGUCAGCGUCUUCACCUGCCUCCAGCUAUCCCUCUCCCAUCACCUCGUAUCCAUCACCCGUGUCUUCGUACCCAUCUCCAGUCACUUCCUGCUACUCCUCUCCGGUCCACACAUCAUAUCCCUCCCCGUCGGUUGCCACGACUUACCCCUCCGUGUCCAUGUCCAACACAUUUCAGUCCCAGGUGGCCUCUUCCUUCCCGACGUCAGUUGCCUCCAACCUCUACAGCUCUCCAGUCCCGACCCCUCUAACAGACAUGCAGACCACUCUCUCCCCGAGGACAAUCGAGAUCUGCUAAGACAGAGGGAAAAAAAACAAAAAAACAUUUGUUUCCUUUCCUCCCGUGAGAAUUCCUUGAGGGGUUGAAAAUGUCCACCUUCUGACUUUGUUUCAGCCCCAGAAGCACUUUCCUGUCCACGCCCCAGAUGAAUCCAAACCUGAAUCCAGACAGAGACAAGUCAAGGACAGUCAAAGACAGUCGAUGACGAAAAGUGUUUUUCACACGCAGCCAUUUGAGCUCAAAACACAGAGCAGGACUGCAACCAUGUCUGUUACUUUAUCCAGACAGACCUGGAGAAGAUGGCCAGCUGUGUGGAGGCAAACACAACCAGUACAAGAGACAUUGAAUGAUAUACAUAAGCUACCAUAUAUGUAUAUUGUACAUGUGCCAUGUUUCGUUUCUAUCAUUUUUUUUGGUACCAUUGAUGUGAACAUUUAAUUUGCAUAUUUGCAUUGUAUUAUUUGAAGUGAGCAGGGCCAUAUUUUCUACAUAUUUUCUCUAUUAUGUAGUGAUGAUGCUGUGAUAUGUUUGUUCAAAAAAAAGCACUUAGGUAUUCAAGCAUGAGUAAGAGUGGUGUUAGUUUCUGUUUGUAAAUAUCAUCCACUGGUACUAUCUUUCUCUCUUUCUCACAUGUGACAUAUAUCAGUUAUAUGGAAAAACAGAGAAAAAAAAAAACAACAACACGACAGACGCUCCUGUUUACGGUGCCUUUUGUGAAGCCUUGCUGGUGUUGUGACUCGGAAGCGCGCGAGAGGGAUUCACAGCAGCUCGCCUUAAGGGUUGAACGAAUAUUUUUGUUACAGAAUGUAAGUCGGAGGGAGACGAGAGGGAUGAGGGCACCGCUUCAUUUCAUUAGAAUGUAAGCAAAAAGGACAGAAAUUAUAAAGUAUAUUUUUGUAAAACCGAAGUGUAAAUAUCCACAUCUUUAAGAGCCGGAAUGUUGAAGUUACCUACUGAGUAGGCAUGGGAUUAUUUUGUAUGUUCUAUACAUGCAGUUCAUUAUUUUGUGGUUAUCUUAAUUUUGUAUUUGUGUUUGUUUGUUAAUACAAGUGACUGUUCCUGGCUUCUAAACACAUUGAAUGCGCUUAACUGCCAACAGGAUAUUUGGUGUACAAGAUAUCCUCCCAGAAAUGAACUAUAAAUAAAAAUACAAAUA